GUGAGACCUCACUUACUACCAAGCACAGUUGGGCCUUGGGCCCAUGGACUCCGAGUGACGACUGCCGCCACUUCAUUCCAGCACCCACGGCAUGCACGGGGCUCCGCCUGGCAGAUGCACAGGAGCCCAUAGGCAGGCUCUCAGACUAGCUGGGAAGCGGAGCACACCUCCCAGCCCAGGGCCGGACAGUCCCUCCGAGGCGAGGGAGCAGCGGGGAGCCCGACGCAGGCCUUGGGUGGCCCCUCUCCAUGCACUGAUCUGGGGAGCAUGACUCCCCGCGACUCCUCCCCUACAUCACUUAAUUUAUUUCUGUUUCUGUUCUGGUUACUGUGAAUCCCAGAGGAGUCUCCCUGCGCCCCACACGAAGCUGCUUCCCCGGGCCCGGCGGGAGUGGGGAAGGCGGGCGCGGGUUUCCGGCCCUCUGUACAGUUGUUACUGACUCUGAUUUCUAAGGAGCCAAUAAACGCCGUCUCAGAGCAGCCGCCUCGGCCAUUCUCUCUCGCGCCCGUGUCUCUCGCUUCUUGCUUCUCGGAGGAGCCCCAGCCCCGCCACGUCGCGGGGGCGCAGCAGCGGUGUUUGGACACCACGGGCACCCGUCGCCGGCACUUCCGCCUCCCUCGCGCCCCGCCCCGUCCCGCCCCGCCCCACCUGCGAGGCCGCAGCCGCCCCGACUCCGGAAGGAUUCGGCUCAGUGGCCGGAUGUGACGCCGCGGCCCGGGCGCUCAGGAGGCCGAGGAGAAGGCGACGAGAAGACGGGCCCGGUACGAGUCUGGCAGCCAGUGACAGAGUCGGGUGCCCACGGUCCGAGCGUCCCCGGCAGCACCAUGCCUGCGCUCCUGGAGCGCCCCAAGCUCUCCAACGCCAUGGCCAGGGCGUUGCACCGGCACAUCAUGAUGGAGCGGGAGCGCAAGCGACAGGAGGAAGAAGAGGUGGACAAGAUGAUGGAACAGAAGAUGAAGGAAGAGCAAGAGAGGAGAAAGAAAAAGGAGAUGGAAGAGAGAAUGUCACUAGAGGAGACCAAGGAACAAAUCCUGAAGUUGCAGGAGAAGCUUUUGGCGUUACAGGAAGAAAAGCACCAGCUUUUCCUGCAGCUUAAGAAAGUUUUACAUGAGGAAGAAAAACGGAGGCGAAAGGAGCAAAGUGACCUGACCACUCUGACAUCAGCGGCGUACCAACAAGGCCUGACUGUUCACACAGGAACUCACCUCCUCAGCAUGCAGGGGAGCCCUGGAGGACACAGUCGCCCAGGCACCCUCAUGGCGGCUGACAGAGCCAAACAGAUGUUUGGACCGCAGGUGCUUACGACCCGGCACUACGUGGGCUCGGCAGCUGCUUUUGCAGGAACCCCAGAGCACGGGCAAUUCCAGGGCAGCCCUGGUGGUGCCUAUGGGACUGCUCAGCCCCCACCUCACUACGGACCCACACAGCCUGCCUACAGUCCUAGUCAGCAGCUCAGAGCACCUUCGGCAUUUCCUGCAGUGCAGUACCUGUCUCAGCCACAGCCACAGCCCUACGCCGUGCACAGCCACUUUCAGCCCACCCAGACAGGGUUCCUCCAGCCCGGUGGUGCCCUGUCUUUGCAAAAGCAGAUAGAACAUGCUAACCAGCAGACUGGUUUCUCUGAUUCAUCCUCCCUGCGCCCCAUGCAUCCCCAAGCUCUGCAUCCAGCUCCUGGACUCCUUGCCUCGCCUCAGCUCCCUGUGCAGAUGCAACCAGCAGGAAAAGUAAGGAUGUCGGGCUUUGCAACCACCAGCCAGCCUGGCCCUCGGCUUCCCUUCAUCCAGCACAGCCAGAACCCGAGAUUCUACCACAAGUGACCAUCAGAUUUUAUCUUCAACCUCGCCCCCAGCCCCUGCCAUGGGGGAGGAUCCCUGGUGUGCCCCAGUCCGAGGCCAAUAAAACCUACCUGCCACUUC